AUGCCGGUUGGGUCUGUCAUGAAUCUGUGUAUCGACCUAGGCGAAUGGGCCCGUCUAAACGGCAUAACUCAUCCAGAUGAACACUCUAUCGAUGGCCGACCUCGAAGACCUAAGUCGAACAAUCUAUCAUCAAACCGACUCGCAAAUUGGAAGAAGGAUGAUCUCAUACGAAAGUGGCUUCAACGUAUCAAAACGACUUUGGGCGAGGUGUCUGAGAUCUUGGACAUCUUGACACCAAGAUAUGUAGCAGAAGGAAACACGUCGGCUCCGGAACCAGAGACAAAAUCGGGCCCAGACGCUGAUGAUCCAGAGUUGGUGCCUCUGAUGGAGGAGCUCGUGAGAAAGCUAGCCCGUUACAACGAAUACCUUUUGCAUCGCAUGAAGGUACUUCAAAAUUUUAGCCACGGCGAAGAAGACGAGUGUCUCGACGAAGAUUUGGUCGAAAAGAAGGAGUCUCAGUCCUCGGAUGGAGCGAUCAAAGAAACGGAGGGAACAGGGCGGGUUAACAUCUUAGCACUUACUAAAACUUGUCAAUCCGGCUACAGAGACGUCAUUCGCGUUUUGAAAGACGCGAACAACGAACUGAAAGAUAAGAUACCAAUCGAAAGAAUGAUAGUGCAAGACCUAUUCUUAGCCCAGUUCAAAAAGCGGUACGAGAGGAAACUUGUGCAAUAUAAGAAUUCUCUCGAUGGAAAGCUUCUGAGAAACCCGACAGAGCGUCAUGCACACUCAGAAAGGCUUACAAAGAACAACACUCCGGUGGACGACAUUCUGGAGGAAAGACUUCGAGACGUUGAAAGGACUUUGAAUAGGAUUUCCGAGAUCUUGACAGAGGAUACACAGCGGGGAGAUUUACAGACUGCAGAGUCAGACUCAGAGUCAGACAGUGGUAGCACGAAGAUUGAGUCAGAGCUCGAUAAGCUGGCAAACCGACUUACUCGGAACAACGACAUCCUCCUGAACUGGACAACGUGA